AUGGCCUCCGGCCAACCUUUCGCGUCGCGCUCCUACGCCGGCACCAAGCUCCCCGAGCGCUCCAUCAACACAAACGCCAUGCCCUUCAGUGCCUCGUCAUUCUCACGGCAUCGAGGCCUAGGCAACGCCCCUCAAAAUGACUUCCCCGAAGCUCCAAAGCAACAAUCUGCCCCCGCGACAAAUGCACAGUCUCACGGUCCAGCGCAGGACGCCAAUCCGUUGAGCCGCUUGACCGAAGAGCAGCGCGAGGAAAUUAACGAAGCCUUCACUCUCUUCGAUCUCGAUCGCGACCGCCACCUCGAUUACCAUGAGCUCCGUGUCGCUUUCCGUGCCCUCGGCUUCACUCUCAGUAAACAAGAGCUGAUCUCCCUUCUUACGACCUACGGUGUUCCCCGCCCGCAAGUUCAGCAGCAGCAGGCGAGUGGUCAGCCUGCAUCGAAUAAGGGCCCUGUUGCGAACCCCCAACACCCCUCCAACCUGCUCAUGCCGCUCUCGUCCUUCCAGGCCGUGACGGCACUCAAGAUCCUGGAGCGGGACCCGCGCGAUGAGAUUCUGCGCGCGUUCGAGCUCUUCGACGAGGGUGCCAAGGGCUAUAUCGAUCUGGAGGAUUUGAGGCGCGUGGCCCGCGAGCUGGGUGAGACUGGUCUCGAAGAGGAGGAAUUAAGGGCCAUGAUUGAGGAGUUUGAUCUGGAGGGUGCGGGCGGCGUUACACGUGAGGCUUUCGUGGGUAUCUGUUGGCAAUGA